CCUCGUGCCCGGUCGAGUUGUACCGUUGACGGCGCAGAGGAGCUAACGGAGGGAGCGCAGCUGUUCGCAAGGAGGACCAAAGGUGCUUCUACUGGGAGAUCUCAUCAUAACGUUGAAUUAAAAAUGGACGAGUGGGAAGAAGAGAAAACUAGCACAAGUACUGUAGCGUCAGUAAGUCACAACUCAAAUGAAGGCACACAGGGAAACUCGUGGAAAGCUGACCGUGGUGAAUUUGGAAGAGGUCGUGGAGGAAGAGGUCGAGGAAGAGGAUUUAUAAACUCCUUCUCAUCAGAUGGAGAUAACUGGAAUGAUGAUGGAGAUAAAAGAGGUGGUUUCGGUAGAAGAGGAAGCAGAGGUGGUGGCCGAGGAUUUGGCAGGAAUGAUCGGAGCGACUUCAACGCAGAUGAAAACGGGGUGCAUGAAAACGGGUUUAGAGGAAGAGGCCGAGGAGGAAGAGGAGGCGGCUUUAGACAAGGCGGUGAUCAGGGUGAUGGCGGAGCAUUUGGAGGAGGAUACCGUGGGAAAGAUGAAGAGGUGUUUGCUUCAGGAGGGAAUAAAAGUCCAGAAAAAAAUGACGCACCUGACGGUGACAGACCCAAAGUCACCUACGUUCCCCCGACUCUUCCUGAAGACGAAGACUCCAUUUUCUCCCACUACAAGUCCGGGAUCAACUUCAACAAGUACGACGACAUCCUGGUGGAUGUCAGUGGCAGCAACCCACCGCCGGCUAUCAUGACCUUUGAUGAGGCAGCUUUAUGCGAGUCCCUCAAAAAAAAUGUCAGCAAAUCUGGAUACGUGAAGCCGACCCCUGUGCAAAAGCAUGGCAUCCCAAUCAUCUCAGCGGGCAGGGAUCUCAUGGCUUGUGCUCAGACCGGAUCUGGUAAAACGGCUGCAUUCCUGCUCCCUAUCCUGCAGAAGCUGAUGGCGGAUGGCGUGGCAGCCAGUCGUUUCAGUGAGAUACAAGAGCCUGAAGUCAUCAUCGUGGCUCCAACCAGGGAGCUCAUCAACCAGAUAUUUCUGGAAGCCAGAAAGUUUUCCUACGGGACAUGUGUGCGCCCAGUCGUGGUUUAUGGUGGAGUCAGCACCGGACACCAGAUGCGAGAAAUCGAGAGGGGAUGUAACGUGGUGUGUGGGACACCAGGACGUCUGCUGGACAUGAUUGGAAGAGGAAAGAUUGGUUUGAAUAAACUGCGGUACCUGGUCCUGGACGAGGCCGACCGUAUGCUGGAUAUGGGCUUUGAGCCUGACAUGCGCCGCCUGGUCGGCUCCCCUGGAAUGCCACCAAAGGAGAAGCGUCAGACUCUGAUGUUUAGCGCCACCUACCCUGAUGACAUCCAAAGGAUGGCUGCUGACUUCCUGAAGACUGACUACUUGUUCUUGGCUGUGGGUAUUGUGGGCGGGGCCUGCAGCGACGUGGAGCAGCAGUUUGUCCAAGUCACUAAGUUCUCUAAGAGGGAACAGCUACUGGACCUCCUCAAGACCACAGGAACGGAGCGCACCAUGGUGUUUGUGGAGACCAAGAGACAGGCUGACUUCAUUGCCACGUUUUUGUGUCAGGAGAAGGUUCCCACCACCAGCAUCCAUGGCGACCGCGAGCAGAGAGAGCGCGAGCAGGCGCUGGCAGAUUUCCGCUCGGGAAAAUGUCCGGUCCUGGUGGCGACCUCCGUAGCCGCCCGUGGCCUGGACAUUCCAGAUGUGCAGCAUGUGGUGAACUUCGACCUUCCCAACAACAUUGAUGAGUAUGUCCACCGUAUUGGGAGAACUGGGCGCUGUGGAAACACUGGGAGGGCCGUGUCGUUCUACGACCCGGAUGCUGACAACCAGUUGGCUCGCUCCCUGGUCACAAUCCUGUCUAAGGCUCAGCAGGAAGUCCCCUCAUGGUUGGAGGAGUCUGCCUUCAGUUCUCAUGGAGCAGCUGCCUUCAAUCCCUCCAGUAAUGCUUUUGGCGCCACAGACAACAGAAAGGGUCAUCAUCCCGGCUCUUUUCAGGACCCCGUUAACAACCAGCCAGCAGCCCAAACUGCUGCUGAUGAUGAUGAAGAAUGGGAAUAGAGAGAAAACUUAAGCAGCUUCAAAGUUUUUCUUUUUUGCGUUCAGCUUGUUGCUUUACAUUUUUGUUUGAACAAGAAAUAUAGUCUAAAAUCCUGGUUCAGGUUAUGAGUGUGAUGUUAACCAGGUUUGCAUGCCCAGUUUGCUGUCAAGUUUUUUAGUCCCUUUGUGAGGAUUUUUCUUUUCUUUUUUCACCAUUCAAAUGUGUGUUUGACAUGUCAGAAAUUAAGAAUGUCAUAUUGCAGGUAUAUUAUAUGAAGAUUGAGAGAAAUGGAAAUAAAUAAUUGUU